AUGGUUACAUUGGUGUUAAUGAGGAAAAGGUUUAUCUUACGACUUUGUUUGCUGACUUGUCUCCUGUUACAGUCAAGUGAAGAUGAAAUUAGCGUUCGAAGACCUCGCAGUUGUCGUCGCAGUCAUAAAAACACAGGUUGGUGGGAAUUGGUCUGGGCGUCCUAUGAUGAAGGAAGAUUUAAGAAAUCCUUUCGUGUAUCAAGGAAUACAUUUAACUUAAUUUUAAAGAGUCUUCGACCUGAUAUUGAGAAAGAUUUUGUCACAGAGCAGCCCGUUUCUGCCGAAUGUAGGCUGGCUAUAUGUCUUUACAGAUUAAGUAGAGGUGACUACCUAUACACCAUUGCGGAACUGUUUGGCCUUGGUGUGACGACCGUUCACAAAAUCAUAGAGGAAGUAUGUGAAGCGAUCAUAAGAAACCUGUGGAAACCUUCGGUGCAAGCGCAUUUUCCAAUCACCAAACAGAAUAUUAUGGAGAAAAUGGUGGAUAUAACAGCGUUUUGGCAAUUCUCCUGCUGCUGGGGUGCUGUAGAUGGGUGCCACAUCCCCAUUCAGUGCCCUCCUGGCGGUCUGAAAGCCUGUAAAGAGUAUCAUAACUUUAAGAACUUUUAUUCAAUAGUAUUGAUGGCCAUUGUAGAUGCAAAGGAUCGUUUCAUCUGGGUAAGUGUUGGUUUUCCAGGAAAUUCACACGAUUCCAUCAUUUUCCAAUCCACUGAUUUGUGGCACAACAUUACUGAAACCAUCGAUUUCUCAAGUCAUUGA